UAUAAAUGCAGCCAGCCAGAGGGCCCCUGGCCCCAGAACCUACGGGAAAGUCUGUGCAAGCCUCACUGAGAUGAAGCUGCCAGGCCAGGAGGAGUUUGAAGUCUCCGGGUCUUGUGAAAAUGUGCCCACUGGAGAGAUGGACAGUGUCGCUGGAUCUGACCCCAGCCCUGAUGGCCCCUUAGACACAGACAGCAGGGACCUGAGGGUACCCAAGGACCCUCUGCUCUUCAUUCAGCUGAAUGAGCUGCUGGGCUGGCCUCAGGUGCUGGAGUGGAGGGAGACAGGCAGGUGGCUGCUAUUUGAAGAGAAGCUGGAAGUGGGUGCAGGCCGGUGGAGCACCCCCCAUGUGCCCACCCUGGCGCUGCCCAGCCUUCAGAAGCUCCGCAGCCUACUGGCCAAGGGCCUCGUCCUGCUAGACUGUCCAGCUCAGAGCCUUCUGGAGCUCGUGGAGCAGGUGACUGGAGUGGAGUGGCUGAGCCCAGAGCUGAGGGGGCAGCUGAAGGCCUUGCUGCUGCAGACACCCCAGCACCUCAUCCAGUCCACCGGCACCAGCCCUUGCCAGGGAUCUGCCCAACCAAGAGAGGCUUCUCAUGAUGAGGAAGCCCCCCUGAAGGAACAGCAUCAGAACCCCCUGAAACGGAAGCUCCCUCCAGAGGCUGAGGCAGGGGCUGUGUUGGCAGGAGAGCUGGGCUUCCUGGCACAGCCACUCGGGGUCUUUGUGCGACUGCAGGAACCAGUGGUGCUGGGGCCCCUUAUUGAGGUGCUCCUACCCAGCAGGUUUUUCUGCCUCCUCCUUGGUCCCCCGACAUUGGGAAGGAGCUACCGUGAGAUGGGCCGGGCAGUGGCCGUCCUCCUCAGUGACCCUCAAUUCCAGUGGUCAGUUCGUCGGGCCAGCAGCCUUCAUGACCUUCUGGCAGCUCUAGAUGCCUUCCUAGAGGAGGUGACAGUGCUCCCUCCAGGUCGGUGGGACCCAACAGCUCGGAUUCCCCCGCCUAAACGUCUGCCCGCUGAGAACAAAAGGCUCCCCUCGCAACUGCGGGAGGCCAAGAGCCCCUCUGCCCAGCGAGGGGCCCUGGCUGAGGACAGGCAUGGCCGCGGACCGCACAUACCCAACCCAGAGUUGCAGCGGACUGGCAGGCUGUUCGGGGGCCUUGUCCAGGACGUGUGCCGGAAGGCCUCGUGGUACCCCAGCGACUUCUCGGACGCCCUGCACCCCCAGUGCUUUUCAGCCGUGCUCUACAUUUACCUGGCCACCGUCACUAAUGCCAUCACUUUCGGGGGUCUGCUGGGAGAAGCCACCGACGGUGCUCAGGGGUUGCUGGAAAGCUUCCUGGGCACGGCAGUGGCUGGAGCUACCUUCUGCCUGAUGGCCGGCCAGCCCCUCACCAUCCUCAGCAGCACUGGGCCAGUGCUGGUCUUUGAACGCCUGCUCUUCUCCUUCAGCAGAGAUCACAGCCUGGACUACCUGCCCUUCCGCCUGUGGGUGGGCAUCUGGGUGGCCACCUUUUGCCUGGUGCUGGUGGCAACAGAGGCCAGCGUGCUGGUGCGCUACUUCACCCGCUUCACCGAGGAAGGCUUUUGUGCUCUCAUCAGCCUCAUCUUCAUCUAUGAUGCCGUGGGCAAAAUGCUGAACUUGACCCGUGCCUAUCCCAUCCAGAGACCUGGUUCUCCCGCCUAUGGCUGCCUCUGCCAGUAUCCAGACCUGGGAGGAAAUGAGUCUCAGUGGACAAGCACAAAGCCAAAAGAUAGAGAUGACAUCUUAAGCAUGGACCUAGGCCUGGUCAAUGCAUCCUUGCUGCCCCCACCUGAGUGUGCCCGGCGGGGAGGCCACUCUCGUGGCCCCGGCUGUGACAUGGUCCCCGACAUCGCCUUCUUCUCCAUCCUCCUCUUCCUUAUCUCCUUCCUCUUUGCCACAGCCCUCAAGCACGUAAAGACCAGCCGCUUCUUCCCCUCGGUGCCCACACUCCCUGGGCGUGGCUGGCUGGUAUCACCUUUUGGGACCAACCCCUGGUGGCUGAGUGUGGCAGCCGUCCUGCCUGCCCUGCUGUUGUCUAUCCUUAUCUUCAUGGACCAGCAGAUCACAGCGGUCAUCCUCAACCAUGCCAAAUAUAGACUUCAGAAAGGAGCUGGCUUCCACCUGGACCUCUUCUGUGUGGCUGUGCUGAUGCUGCUCACAUCAGCACUCGGGCUGCCCUGGUAUGUCUCAGCCACUGUCAUCUCCCUGGCCCACAUGGACAGUCUUCGGAGAGAGAGCAGAGCCCGUGCCCCAGGGGAAGCUCCCAGCUUCCUGGGCAUCAGAGAGCAGAGGCUGACGGGCCUGGUGGUGUUCAUUCUCACAGGAACCUCCAUCUUCCUGGCACCUGUACUCAAGUACAUCCCGAUGCCUGUGCUCUAUGGCAUCUUCCUAUACAUGGGCGUGGGAGCGAUUAGCAGCAUCCAGUUAACGAAGAGGGUGCAACUGUUAUUGAUGCCAGCAAAGCACCAACCGGAUCUUCUGCUCUUGCGGCAUGUGCCUCUGAGCAGGGUCCACCUCUUCACAGCCAUCCAGCUUGCCUGCCUGGGUCUACUUUGGAUAAUCAAGUCUACCCCUGCAGCCAUCAUCUUCCCCCUCAUGUUGCUGGGCCUGGUGGGGAUCCGAAAGGCACUGGAGUGGGUCUUCUCACCACGGGAACUCUUCUGGCUGGAUGAGCUGAUGUCAGAGAAGGAGAGAAGCAUUCCUGAGAAGGGGCUGGAGCCAGAGUACUCACUCAGUGGAAGUGACAGUGAAGAUGUAUUUACUCCGGAAGUUGUCCUUUGGUUUAACUGCCAGAUGCUCAGUCAUCUGGAAAACUGGAACAGUGGGGCAGGACUGGAAGGCAGCUGGCCAAGACCUCAGUCACCCGCCUGAGCUGGGGGUGGAGAGUGGCAGGGAACAAGUAGGUAGGCAUUGCAGUUAGGGAAGUCUGGUAAGCCAGAGGGACUGAGGAGGCCCUACUGACUCUCUACCCCCAUUAAACGAAUCUGAGUCCAGAGGCCCUUACUAUUGUGAACUUUCUGUCCUCACAGAUUGUCUUUUACAGAAUCAGGGGGUUGUCAUGGAACUCUUUUUGGUCUACAAAAGGAAAAAAAGUCCCUCUUUCCAGAAUAAGUAUUCCUCUAUUUAAAACAGUUUUUCUUUUUUUUUUUUUUACACAUAAAAAAUAAACUUCGGGUGUUUUUGACCACAAAAGUAAUUGAGAUUACUGCAAAAUAUUGGACCACUACAGAAAUGUAUAAUUUUUGAAAUGGAAACUACCCCAGAGAUAACUAGUGUUCACAUUUUAGUGCAUAUUAUUCAGAUUUAUUGAGUUCUAUAAACACACUUGACACUACGCAUUAGAUGUUUUUCCCAUGUCAAUACUACAUACAUAUUUAACUUACUCUUUUUGCAUAGAAUAAAUAGCUAUAAGUUGAAAAAGAUACCAUAUACACAAAAGAGUAUAUAAAAUAUCUUCUGUAAGGGCAAGAAUUUCUCCAGAGUAUAUACUUAGGAGGAGAAUUAAUGAGUAACAAUAAAAAGAACACCUGUGUGUCCAACACUCAGGUUUAGAAAUAGGAUAUUCUUAGUAACUCAGAAGUACCCCCAAUAUUGUAUCCCCAACUCCAUGUAAACACUAUCUAAAUUUUAUGGUAAUUAUGUUCUCACUUUUCUUAUAGUUUUAACAUCUAUUUAUGUAUGUUUAUGUGUUUAUUAUUUUGCCUGUUUGUGAAUGUUAUAUAAAUGGAAUCACAGUGUAUGAAUUCUGUAACUGCUUUUUUCACUCAGCAUUGUUUUGAGAAUCAAUCAUGUGAAUUGAUGCAGCUGUAGUUUGUUCAUUUUCAUUGCUGUGUAGCACUCUGUUGCAUGACUCUACCACAAUUCAAUUCUUCAUUUUACUGUUGACUCGAAGAAUUCACUGCUGAAGCUAUCUGGACCUGGUGCUUGCUUUGUGGAAAGUUAACUGAAAUUCUUUAAUGGUUAUUGGAUUUUUUUAUUUUAAUUAAAGACUAUAUUUUUUAACACAGUUUUAGGUUCAGGUUGUAGGAAUUUCAGGCUCUUUAUUUUAUUCUCUAGCCAGUUUUGGUGAAUUGUAUUUUUCUAGGAAUCUAUUCAUUUUAUCUAAAUUUUCAUAUUUAUUGGCAUAAAGUUAUUAUAACCUUUAUUUGUUUAAUCUAUGUAGCACAUUUAGCUAUAGUUGCCAUACCAUUUUUAAUAUUAUUUGCAUUCUCUUUUUUUCUUUUUUGUUCUUGGUUACUCUUGCCAGAAGUUAGUCUAUUUCAGUCUACAUUAAUUUCUACUCUUUAAUAUUUCCUUCCAUUUUAUUUUUCUAACUUCUUAGUUCAUUACUUUGAGACUGAGUUAUUUCCUGAUGUAAGCAGUACUGCUAUAGAUUUUCUUCAAAGUACACUUUAGCUGCAUCUCACAGUUUUGAUUAUAGUAUUCUCACUAUCAUUUAUUUCUAAGUUUUUUCUAAUUCUUACUAUGAUUUCCCUUUUGACCCAUAUGUUGUUAAGAAGUACAUUUUAAUAAUUUCCAAACAUGUUUUUUCCUCUUAAUUAUCUUUUUGUAACUGAUCUCUAAUUUAACUGCAUUUAGACAUUUGUGAGGCUAACUUUAUGACCUGGCCAUAAAUGUUCCAUGUGUGCCUGAAAAGAAUGUUUAUGCUCCAGUUUUGGGAAGCAAUUUUUUAUCUGUUCCUAUUAGGCCAGCCUACUAAUUGUGCUGAUCAAAAUGUUCUAUAUCUUUCAUAACUUCUUUUUGGGUCUGUUUGAACUAUCAAAUACUGGAGGAGGAAUGUUAACAUACUAUGAUAAUGAAUUUGUCAAUAUCUCCUUGUAGAUAUGUCAAUUUUGUUUUUAUGUAUUUUUAAAAGCUGUGUUAUUGGGUGCUUUCUAGUUUAGAAUUGCUGUAUUUUCCUAGUUAACUGAUACAUUUAUAGUUUUGUACUGAUCUUAUUUUGUAAUGACUAGUAAUGCUUUCUGCUUUAAAGUUAUUUUCUCUUCUAGAAAUAUAGUUAAGUUUUCUUUUUGGUUAGAAUUUACCUAUAUUGCAUAUUGGUAUUCUUUGAACUUUAGCCUUUCUGUGUUUUUAUAUUUUAAGUGUAUCUAUUACUACCACCACAGAGUCAUAUUAGUGGUUUUUAAACUCCAAUUUGAUAAUGUCUUUUUUUUUUUAUGAUGAUAAUGUCUUUUAGCUAGAGAACUCAAUACAUUUACAUUUAGAGUGAUUACUGAUAUAUUUGGUUUUGUCUUAUUUGGUUUUCUAUUGUUCUGUUUUUCUGUUUCUUUUCCUUUUUCUUGUCUUGUUUUGGAUUGAUUGAGCUAUUCCUGUCUUUUCUUUUUCUUUUCCAUUUUUCUCCCUCUACUCAUUUGGGAUAUGAGAAAAAGGGAAGUCAAGGAUGACUACAGUGUUUUUGUCAUAAGAAACAGGAAGAAUGGAAUUACCAUUAAGUGAUUCCAUAUUUGGACAUCUUAAGUAUGAUGCCUUUUAGAUAGUAAGGUAGAGAUGUCAUAUAGGCAGCUGAACAUGCAAAUAUGAAGUUUGAGGGGAGGUCUGAUUUAGAGGUAAAAAUUUGUAAGUUUAUUAGUAUAUAAAUUAUAUUUAAAAUAGAUAGCAAGAUUACCCAAGGGAGUGGAUGCAGUUAGAGAAGAGAUCCAAGGACCAAAUCUUGGAACACUCCAGUGUUAAAAGGUAGGAGGUCGAGGAGCAACCAGGAAAGGAGAAGACUGAUGAGUGGCCUGUGACGUGGGAGCAAGACCAGGAGAACAUUCUUGAAGUAAGAAAAUGUUUCACAGAGAGGUGUUUCUGGUUACAAUUUGUUUUGGGAUCAUUCUAACUCAUUACUUUUGUGCUGGUUCAUCAUGAAUUUUAAAGUUAAAAAUUAUAUUUAACCUAGCAUUUUAGUUGUUUUGGAUCCUAAUAUUAUAGUCUAAGUAUCUACUGAUUGAGAAAAAUAUGUAUCAAAAGUAUCAUUUAAACUUAGAUAAUUGUAUAUUUUACUCAUUUCAAUAGCAUCUUCAUAUUGUUGAAAACA